AUGAGAGAGUUAUUAGAAACACCACAAGAUGAAAAAUUGGGAGUUGAAUUAGAGAAAGGAGAGGACAAAGAAAGAAUCCAAAAUCUGAGAUCCAAAGCCACCGAGCAUCUCAUCAGAGAAGAAUACAAAGACUCCAUCGAAACCUACUCGCAAAUCGUCUCUCUCUGCCGAGAUCGCAUUUCCAAGAAUAAACCAGAUGGGCCCCACCUCUCCGAGCUCCGAAGGACCCUCUGCCUCUCCUUCUCGAACAGGGCCGAAGCUCGGGCCAGACAAUCGGAAAUUUCCGAAGCGCUCAAGGAUUGUGAGGAGGCACUGGCCAUCGAGAAAUCCCAUUUCAAGACUCUCCUGUGCAAGGGCAGAAUACUGCUGGGCCUGAACAGGUACGGUAUGGCCUUAGACUGCUUUAAAUUGGCAAAUCUUGAUCCACAGGCUUGUGAAAAUUCUGAUUUUGUUAAUGGGCUGUUGGAGAAAUGCAAAAAGCUCGAGUCUUUAUCGAAAUCUGGCGCAUUCGACGUUUCUGACUGGGUCUUGAGUGGUUUUAAGGGAAAAGUACCAGAACUCGCAGAGUAUAUUGGUCCGGUUGAGAUUAAAAAGUCCGAAAUUAGCGGGCGUGGAUUAUUCGCUACCAAAAAUGUCGAAAGCGGGACCUUACUGCUGGCGACUAAAGCCGUUGCAGUUGAUCGGGCUAUAAUGCCUCAAGGGUCUGGUGAAACUGCCCAUUUAGUUAUCUGGAAGAACCUGAUCGACAAAGUUGUGGAAACAGUAAAAAAAUGUGGUGAAGUGAAGUUCUUGAUCUCGAAUCUAUCCGCAGGAGAGGACGACGAGGGUAGUUUGGGAAUUCCCGAAAUCGGGAUAUUCAGAUCGGAUGCCGAUUUGAACGGUGGCGAUUCGUGCAAAGAGUUAGAUACGAGGAAAAUUUUGAGCAUUUUGGAUAAAAACUCAAUUCUUGAAGACGCAGUUUCAUCCAAGGUUUUGGGCAAAAAUGCUGACUACCAAGGUGUUGGAUUAUGGGCUCUAGCUUCCUUCAUUAACCACUCUUGCGAGCCUAACGUUAGGCGCCUCCACAUUGGCGAUUACGUCAUUGUACACGCAGCUAGGGACGUGAAGGCCGGUGAGGAACUCACGGUCGCCUAUUUCGACAUGCUCUCGCCUCUAAACAAACGGGUCGAGAUGGCUGAGGAAUGGGGGUUCGUAUGCAGAUGCAAGAGAUGCGAGUUUGAAGGAAACUUGUGGUGCAAGCAAGAGAUGAGGGAUCUCGAGGGCGUUUUGGGGAGAAGGCAAGCGGACGUGAUGGGAAAUGUGGUGUGUGGAUUGGAGGAAGGGAUUAGGAGGUGGGUCGUGAGGGGGAAGGGGAAAGGGUACCUGCGGGCCUCAUUCUGGGAGGCGUAUUCGAGCCUUUACGGGUCGGAUAGAGCUGUGAGGAAAUGCGGGAGGAAAGUGCCGUCGGUCGAGAGCGUGGUGGAUAGCGUGGCGGAUAGCGUCGGGUGUGAUGAGAGGAUUGUGAGGGUGUUUGUGGAGGGAUUGAAGAGAAGUGGGAUUAAUGGUGGGAUUAUGGAGAUGGAGAAGGUGAUGAGAUUGGGAAGAGGGAUUUAUGGUAAAGUGAUGAAAAGACAAGCCUUGAGAAGUUUGAUUCAAUUUGGUGGUAAUCAAGACUGA